AUGGUUAAGCAACCAGAGUGGGGGGUUAAGAAGCAAUGGGGUGUGAGUGGUUACACAUUCACAACGCUAGAGAGUGAAAUGGCGGAUUCGGUGUCGGUGGACAUGGAAGUCAUUUCUCCUCCACCCGAGGAACAUGUUAUAAGAACUCGUUAUGGUUGUGUCUCUGUUGCUGUGUAUGGGGACCAGGACAAGCCAGCGCUGAUCACGUAUCCUGAUUUGGCUUUAAAUUAUCUCUCCUGCUUUCAAGGGUUGUUAUUUUGUCCAGAAGCCUGUUCACUGCUGCUUCACAAUUUCUGCAUAUAUCAUAUUAGUCCACCUGGGCAUGAGUUGGGAGCUGCUGCUAUUGAUCCAGACGGUCCAAUUCUUUCUGCUGAUGACUUAGCUGAUCAAAUAGCUGAAGUUCUUAAUUAUUUUGGUCAUAGUGCAGUCAUGUGUAUGGGAGUAACUGCUGGGGCUUACAUCCUUACCUUAUUUGCUAUCAAAUAUCGACAUCGUGUUCUUGGUUUGAUACUGGUUUCUCCUUUAUGUAAAGCACCAUCAUGGACUGAAUGGUUGUACAAUAAGGUCAUGUCAAAUUUACUCUACUUUUAUGGCAUGUGUGGUGUGGUUAAAGAAAUAUUGCUAAAGAGAUACUUUAGCAAGGAAGUUCGAGGCAGUGAUUAUUUGCCACAGUCGGAUAUAGUUCAAGCAUGCCAAAGGUCAUUGGAUGAGAGGCAGAGUUUGAAUGUGUGGCGGUUCCUUGAAGCAAUUAAUGGGAGAUAUGACAUUAGUGAAGGAUUGAGAAAAUUACAUUGUCGUUCACUAAUUUUUGUCGGGGAUACGUCUCCUUUUCACUCUGAGGCUCUCUACAUGACAUCUAAGUUGGAUAGACGAUUCAGUGCCUUAGUCGAGGUUCAAGCGUGUGGGUCAAUGGUGACAGAGGAGCAACCCCAUGCCAUGUUAAUACCGAUGGAGUACUUUCUCAUGGGAUAUGGCUUGUACAGACCAUCCAAGCUGAGUGUCAGCCCAAGAAGUCCUCUGAGUCCCUCUUGCAUUUCUCCUGAGCUUUACUCCCCAGAAAGUAUGGGUUUGAAAUUGAAACCAAUAAAGACACGAAUUCCCGUGGAAAUGUAG